AUGUAUCAUUUCCAAAGAUAUCAGUUCAAGAAGCACGAGAGGCACAGGCCGUCUCCGGCUCCCACGCUGCCUCCGCCUGCGGUUCCGGCGCCGCUGUGCGCUGCUUCUGCGCCGACCUGGAACCUCUCGGGAGGCGGGGCUGACGACGCUCCCGGAGCUCGCAGGGCGGACGAAAAACCCCAAGCACGAGUCAAGACUGAGAACAACGAUCACAUUAAUUUGAAAUUGGUGGGGCAGUUUAAAAUCAAGAGGCAUACACCACUUAGUAAACUAAUGAAAGCCUACUGUGAACGACAGGGUUUGUCAAGGAGACGGAUCAGAUCCCGAUUUGAUGGGCAUCCAAUCAAGGAGACAGACACUCCUGCACAGUUGGAGAUGGAAGAUGCAAAUGCCACUGAUGUAUUUCAGCAGCAGACAGGAGGUGUCGACUAAAAAGGGAACUUUAUACUUUACUCGUGGUGGCUCAGGUGAUAAAGAAUCCGCCUGCAAUGCAAGGGACCCCAGUUCUAUUCCUGGGUCAGGAAGAUCUUCUAGAGAAGGGAUAGACUACCCAUACCCACUCCAGUAUUCAUGGGCUUCUCUGGUGGUUCAGCUGGUAAAGAAUCUGCCUGCAAUGCGCGAGACCUGGGUUCAAUCCCUGGGUUGAGAAUAUCUCCUAGAGAAGGGAAAAGCAACCCACUCCAGUAUUCUGGCCUGGAGAAUUCCAUGGACUGUAUAGUCCACGGGCUCAGAAAGAGUAGGACAGGACUGAGCAAGUGACUUUCAGCUUCACACUUUACUUCAGAAUUCUGUUCCUCCAGAUCAAGAAGACAUUUUCAACUAGAAAACUGUAAUUUGGUUCCACCACAUUCUGAC